GAUAUAGCAACUCUGGGCAGCUUAAAAUAUAAUAAAAAGGUAAAAAAGAUAAUACAAAACAGUUAAAAUUAAGGAUUAAACCAAGAGGAUGAGCAACGUGGGGAUCUUCUGUCAGAGGCUUUUCUGGACCCUUUGGCAGACAAGAUCUGAAGUUGGCCUCUUCCACUCACAUGAGUGGAAUCGCUAGUCCCAUUGAGGUGAGACAGCUCUUCAGAUACCCUGAACCCAUACCAUACAGGGCUUUAAAGGUAAAGACCUACACCUUCAAUUGGACCUUGAGGCAAAUUAGCAACUAGUGCAGGUCACAGAACAGUAUUACAUUUGCCAUAUAAGGGGCCUCUAGAACUUCUGUGCCAUUGCAAUCUGUACCAGUUGUAGCUUCUGAAUACUCUUCAAAGGUAGCCUCAUGUAGAGCACAUUGCAGUAAUCCAAUUGAAGGAUGACUAGGGUGUCCCAGGAAUUGGCUUAACUAGUACCGUGUUUCCCCGAAAAUAAGACGGGUCUUAUUUUCUUUUGACCCCUGAAAUAUGGCCUUGGCCUUAUUAUCAGGGGUCUUAUCCCUGAAGCGGGAUAGCAUGGCUAGUUCUUGCCCGCAGCAUUGCCGGUGAGGAUCAGGUCAUAAAAAAACCUCUGAAGUUCUCACGGGCAAAUCAGGUGCAAAGGAGAACUCUCCGCAGGGAACGAGAAGGGCCAAGCGACAGUGGAGUGGGUCCCAAUGAAGCCCUACAAGAAAGGCAGCCACAACUGGAGUACUUGAAACUAGGCAUGACCGGAGUUGCCUUUGCCCUCCUCCAUUUCGGGACAUUUAGGGUGUCGGGGCAGCUUCCCUCGCCCACCCCCGGGAUGCUGCUGGGGCUCCUCUCGAUGUAGCUGCUGAGCUGUUUGAUCAGCUUGUGCCAUGGCUAUUUCGAUGGCUCGCUUUAGCCGGAGAUGUCCAACUGGACGUUGCAUUACUAUUUCGUGCCUGCCAACUCAGACAAGUCGCUGGGGAAGCUGGAAAACAAGUUUCAGCAGGGCCAGGAGCACGAGAGCCACAAGGAGAGCCGCCUCAACAAUGACUUCCUGGGAAUGCUGGUGCAUGCACGGCCCCUCAAGGAAAUGCUGACCGUCUUGGCUGGUCUGCGGGACAAGUAUGAACUGCUUGCGCUCACUGUCCAGAGCCACAGUGACCGCCUCAGCCACCUCAAGACAGAGCAUCUCGACUUCCGGUGGUUCCGCGAACACCGAACGGACGCUCCUGUAGGAGCUCCAGCCCUGUGAUCUGUAUAGCCGCUAGAACAGUGAAAGCCAGCUGUCUAGCGGCUAAAAAAUCUCCCCCUGGGAAAAAGGGGGAGAGAA